GCGCACUCUCACGGACGAGCUUCAAAUCGAAGGACAUUCUUGGCCGAUCUGAUCUUGGGUGCGCCUAAAGGGAGAAGGCGGAUGAGCGUCGAUUCGGACUAGCCCCCUCAUUGAUGUCGACCUUACUGAAAGAUCUUUGGACUUCACAACUGCUUCUGGUUUCCCCCAAACGACGAAGCCACGGAGACACGUUGCCAUAUGAGGAGCAUCAGAAAGCUCCGCGGCUCACUCGUGCGGCGCAGGUACACUUCUGAUCUCCUCAGGCCGAGUACUAAGCAUGCAAUCUCUAGCUUCUGGCAGCUCCAAUACAGCCAAGAUUCUAAUGGCCGGCCGCGAAGCGAGCGCAUUCUGCUCCUUGGUCGCUAGUCAGGGCUAUAUAAUGGGGGCGUACCUCCGCGGACCUACCAAACCCUCUCCGACCCCUUCCUCUCUUUCUCGGGCUUGUGUACUAUUACCCCUGCUUCUCUCCUCGACAUGGCCUACUCGCCGACUUUCCUCGAUGCCGCCGCCAUCGUCGUGGCGUUCGUCAUCCUCAACCGCCUCUUCGCCAAGAAGCCGGCGGGUCCUCUUCCUCCUGGCCCCAAGGGUCUCCCGCUCAUCGGCAACAUGUUGGACAUGCCCACCAGCCAUGAGUGGAAAACGUUCACACAGUGGGGCCAGCGCUGGGGCGGUAUCGUCUCUGUCACUAUGCUGGGACAGCCCUAUGUCAUCCUGAACUCGGCCAAGCACGCCAACGACAUGCUCGAGAAGAAGAGCUCCAUCUACUCUUCGAGGCCCGUCAUUGCGGUCGGCGGCGAGCUCGUCGGCUGGAACCGCACCCUUGCCCUUCUGCCUUACGGCAACACGUUCCGGGAGUAUCGGCGCAUGAUAUUCCAGCUCAUCGGCAGCAAGAAGAACAUGGAACGUUUCGCGCCCCUGGUCGACUCGAAGACGCGCGACUUCAUUUCUGAAGUGUACCGUGAGCCUGAGGGUCUCCUCAAGCAUAUCCGGAAGUGCGCCGGCGCUAUCAUCUUGAUGAUGUCCCACGGAUACCAAAUCAAGGACGAGGAGGAUCCAUUCGUCGAGCUCGUCAACGAGGCCAUGGAGCAAUUCGCUAUUUGCACUGCUCCUGGCGCUUUCUUGGCUAACAUCUUCCCUGCGCUCGCCCACAUUCCGGCGUGGUUCCCGGGAGCCGGCUUCAAGAAGACCGCCGCCGCAUGGAGGAAGACGCUUGACCAGAUGUGUGAGGACCCGCACCAAUUUGUGAAGCAGCAGAUCGCUUCCGGCGCGAACGUCCCGAACUUCACAUCGAAGAACCUUGAGGGUGACAUUACCCCCGAGCGUGAGCUGAUCGUCAGGAACGCGGCGUCGUCCCUCUACGCUGGGGGUGCGGACACGACCGUGUCCGCGAUCAACACCUUCUUCCUUGCUAUGACUCUGUACCCCGAGAUUCAGGCCAAGGCACAGGCUGAGAUCGAGGCCGUCAUUGGAAACGACCGUCUCCCCACUGCGGAGGACCGCGAUAACCUUCCCUACGUCAACGCGGUGUUCCUCGAGACCCUCCGCUGGAAUAAUGUCGCUCCGCUUGGCAUCCCCCAUCGUCUCAUCGAAGACGACGUCCACGACGGCUACUACCUCCCCAAGGGGACGAUCGUCAUCGCUAACAUCUGGCAGAUGCUCCAUGACCCAGAGACCUACCCUGACCCUGGCUCCUUCAACCCGGACCGCUUCCUGUCGUACCCCGGACACGAGCCGGAGUUGGACCCUCGUACCAUGGUCUUUGGUUUCGGUCGUCGUAUCUGCCCUGGUCUCCAGCUCGCCGACGCAUCUGUGUUCCUGUCCGUUGCCAUGUCGCUUGCGGUGUUCAACAUUGCCAAGGUCGUCGAGAAUGGCCAAGUCCUCGAACCUUCGACCGAUUACACCAGCGGGACCGUCAGCCAUCCUCCCCCAUACAAGUGCGACAUCAAGCCCCGGUCAGCCAAGGCCGAAGCGCUGUUGCAGCAAAUCCAGGAGCAGAAGCAUCAUGAUUAAGUUGUGCAUGCAUGCUCCCGCCAUCUGCCGUACCUGCUGUGAUUGCAGUCGGAUGUUUCCAGCGUUCAGUAGUACAGUCUGCAGUGACCUUGCCCCAAGCUCCCGAUCUUCUCUUUGUCGCAUUAGUUUCCUCUUAGAGUUCCCUAUAUGCUGCAUCUCCCCGUCUCUCGUUUACUUAGCAUCUCUCAUUGCAUCAGCUUCGUCAUGGCAAUCGAACAGAAUACAAUCUC